AUGAGUUUCGACCCUACAGCUCAACCAAUCACAAAUCAACAACCUUCAAACGGGGCGAUCAAUGGACCAGCACUUACUGCUAGUAAUGUCACAGGAACAGCUUCCAAUGAACGUACUCUGGUCAUAGGCUCCUUGGAUGCUGCACAAUCUGGUCGUUAUCAAAGCGCGGUAGAAGAGGCUGGUAUGGGUGGCGUUCGUCAAGUAGAGAUGCACAUGGUCGAUCGUGUUACAAGCGGAACCGUGCAAUUGGAUCAAGACUCUUUCACACAAGUUUGGAUUAUUGCACCUUGGUCUCAAGAUGCUCAAUCUCUACUCAAACCCAUUAACAAUGCACUACGACAAGGAUCGAGCUUGAUCAUUGAAACACUCUCAUUGCCAAGUGGACCGGACACCCUUCGCGCAAUUGAAGCAGAAUUACGUCUUUUGGGAUUCUCUGAGAUACAGUCAGAUGAAGUCAACUCUUCCGUCUCAGCUGUCAAAACAGCUCAAAGUUCUAGCUCAUCCGCAUUACCACUUCGACGUAAAUUGGCCAAGAACGGCUCUUCAACAAAUGCGAAGAAGAAAGCGUUGUGGAAUUUAGCAUCAACUGAUGCCCCUCUGAUUGAUCAAAACUCCCUCUUGAGCGAAGCAGACAAGCUUGUCCCAGCUGCUACACGAAGAGAGGACUGCGAUCUAGAAUCCGCAUUAGCAGGCGGUAGACGUAAGAAGGCAUGCAAAGGAUGCACUUGUGGCUUGCGUGAAUUAGAGGAAGAAGAAGAAGAGGCAAGACAACAAGGGAUCGUGCAACUGGACGCAGAUGAGCUUGCAGGACAGGAUGGACCAUCAAAGACUGAAGUUACAGAAACAAUGGUUGAUGAAAACGGAAUGACCAGAGUUAUCAAACGAAUUCGGGUAGAUACAAAAGGAGCUAGCAGCAGUUGUGGAAGUUGUUUCUUAGGUGACGCUUUCCGUUGCAGUUCUUGUCCUUACCUUGGUCUUCCUGCUUUUAAGCCUGGAGAAAAGGUUGAAAUCCCUGUUUCUAUGGAUGAUGAUCUCUGA